CAACAAUUCACAGUUUUCCAAUCGAAAAUUUUCUCUCUCUACCAAAUCUUAUACUGUUCUACACAAACACAGCAAGGCUAAUAAUCAUAGAAAUGGCAUUGAUUCCGAGCUUGUUCGUCGGCCGAAGAAAUAACAUCUUCGACGUGUGUGACCCUUUCAAGGAAUUCGCCUUCUCUUACCCUUCUCUCUCCGGCACGGAAGCUCUGGUCAACGCUCGCGUUGACUGGAAGGAGACUCCGGAGGCCCACGUAUUCAGCGCCGACGUGCCGGGGCUGAAGAAGGAGGAAGUCAAGGUGGAGGUCGAGGACGGAAGAGUUCUGCAGAUCAGCGGAGAGAGGAGCGUCGAGAAGGAGGACAAGAAAGACACGUGGCAUCGCGUGGAGCGUAGCAGCGGAAAGUUCCUGCGGCGCUUCCGGCUACCGGAGAACGCGAAGACGGAUCAAAUAACGGCUUCGAUGGAGAACGGGGUUCUGACUGUUACUGUGCUUAAGGAGGAGGUCAAGAAGCCUCAUGUCAAAUCUGUUGAGAUCUCUGCUUGA